UGCCGGUCGCGAGCACUCGCCGCGGACUUUAUCCCGGGACGGGAACAGAACUUGGACCGCACUCUCACAGAACUCUCAAGACACCAAAUCAGGGUACCGUAUCCAUCCACAAGUGUUACAGGAGUUCCGGCGGUCAUGACAAGUAGCAUUGCUUCUUCCAUCGCGGGCCCCGAGGAUAAGAUCAUACCGUCCUUCACGACAGCACUUGACACAGUAAGCAUAACGACGAGCGGUAGUUAUAAAACGCCUGCUGGGGGCGCCCGCCUAUGAAUGGUUUCUAAGCCCGAUCAAGACCGGCAACGAAACAAAAAGCCCCUCGAGGCCAAAGAGAAGGAAGGAGAACGACACCAUACUGUGCUCGAUUAGGGCCCAACCAUCUCCGUCUGAACCAAGAGAUGGACGAUGGUUCGACUGCAGAAGUUCCUCCAGGAUCCGGAGACGGACGGAGCGUUGGCAAUCCGGCGCCCAACCACCUUCAGGCCCUUGUCUCAACGCCUUCGACCCAGUUAAGACGCCGGGGGCUUGCCCGACGAGCCCAUGAACCACAUCCUCUUAACCUGAGCGCCGACGCCCUCCGGCCCUACGAGAGGGUGAUGGACGUCAGCUUUCUGAUGCCAUUCGGCGACUGGACGAGACUUCCGAAUGCUCUUCUCAGCUCCGACUGGACCCAGAGUGGAAUCCCAGCCCAGUUAGCGGAGGGUUUGGGCCAUGACAUCGUUCCCUUUCCAGCCCGCCGCUUUUGGACGCCCCGCGGCCGCGUCACUUGCACUCGGGGCGUCCGGAUCUGGGUAUAUCUCCACGGACUGCCCUUCCUGCCCUUGAUUCUCUUUCUUCCGGUCUUUGAGGCCCACGAGCUAGGCAGUCUGGGCGUCAGCAUCAUCUUGGGCAAACCAUUUUUAGACCGCUGUUUCGGAGACGGCUGGCCGCUCUUGGUCCCGCACACACGUCACGGACAAGCGGCCGCAGGCAGUACCACUACGUUUCGAGUCACUGUGCUGGAUGUUCCCCAAAUGUGGGUUCCCACGGAGAACAUGCCAGAAGAGAUGGAUCAAUUCUUCGCGAAUUCUCCUGGCACGAAUCUUGCCCUGCCGGCUCUUCCCCCCACAACCCCCUUUAUGCCACCCUUGCCUUUGUCGGAAGUCUCUAUUCGUACAAUGGAAGAUAUUCGUGAGUGGGUCAACAACAGCUGGUUGACCGCUGAUCCCUCCUUUCACCUAGAGGAACAGCAAUGAUGGAUAGCUGCAGGAUCCGGCGGGGUUGCUGAACCCAGUCAGGGUGUGUUUCCUUUGUUCCACAAAUCGAUCAGUGGACGC